AUGGCCCUGCGACGGCGGUUCGAGGACCCCCUCGCAGACUGCAAACCAUGCGACCGCAUUAAAGUUGUGAAGCAGGGACGCCAGCCAGUGGAAGAGUAUAUCGAAGAAUUCCGAGAUCUGGCAUACCAUGUGAACUGGCUAGAUGAUAUCCUGGUAAACUGGUUCAGGGAUGGGCUGAGUGAUGAACUCUACAAUGCUUGUGUGGCCCGAGGUUCCCCAACCCAUCUACAUGAGUGGUAUCUUAUUGCUAAAGAGGCAGAGAUCGACAUGGCCAGAAAUCACUACUCUCUUCUCCAUGCCUCCCGAAAGACCUUUAGCAACGUUAAGGUCAGCAUCUCCAGCCAAUGGACCCCAUCUAGCUUUAAUGACUCUGCCUUCAUUCUUCAACCAUACGAGCUUUGGAACAGCAGUCAUCUAUUUCCUAAUGCUGAAGAAGCUACGUUGUUCCUUGGAACAUUGGACACCAUCUUCCUGUUUUCUUAUGCUGUGGUGAGCAAAUUCUCCUUCUUUGAACAGUUCUUGAAUUUUGAAGAAAUUUUUAUUUUAAAUUUCACAUUCAGGAGAGGAUUUGUUUUUGGACUCUGGAGUGCCUGUGCAUCAGUGGGUAAUAUCCUUGGAGCAUUUCUUGCCUCAUCGGUUCUGCAGUAUGGCUAUGAGUAUGCCUUCCUGGUGACAUCAUCAGUCCAGUUUGCUGGGGGAGUUAUUGUCUUUUUUGGCCUUGUGAUUUCUCCCAAAGAAGUAGGCCUCCCUGAAAUUGGCACAGAAGGGGAGGGUGAAGCCGUUGAGGAAGAUGCCACUGAGCCAUUAAUUAGCAGCCACGAGAAUGAAGAUUUCGAUGAGCAGAAUCACACCAUUCAGGCAUCAAACCGAAGCAGUGGUACAAAUGCUCCAUCCCAGGCCAUUGGAUUUUUUCAGGCGUGCUGUCUGCCUGGCGUCUUAUUGUAUUCCUUGGCCUAUGCUUGCCUGAAGCUAGUGAACUACUCCUUCUUCUUCUGGCUGCCUUUCUACCUCAGCAACAAUUUUGGUUGGAAGGAGGCAGAAGCCGACCAGCUCUCAAUCUGGUAUGAUGUUGGAGGCAUUAUAGGCGGUACCAUCCAAGGUUUUAUAUCUGAUGUGCUACAAAAAAGAGCUCCUGUAUUAGCUAUUAGCCUCAUCUUGGCUAUUGGAUCUCUCUUUGGAUACAGCCGUUCCCCAAAUAAUAAACCUAUCAAUGCUGUUAUCAUGGCGAUUACAGGCUUUUUUAUUGGAGGCCCUUCCAACAUGAUCAGCUCUGCCAUUUCUGCUGACCUGGGACAUCAGGACGCGAUCAAAGGAAGUAGCGAGGCUCUUGCAACCGUGACAGGGAUUGUGGAUGGCACCGGCAGUAUCGGGGCCGCUGUGGGUCAGUACUUAGUAUCUUUGAUCCAGGAGAGGUUGGGAUGGAUGCAAGUUUUCUAUUUCUUCAUUCUGAUGACCAGUUUAACGGUGGUCUUCAUCAUGCCGCUGAUAGUGAAGGAAACCAAUAUGCUCCUUUCUCAGAGGCGCUUGCGCAGGUUGGCCGGCUGACUCUCUUCUCUCUUCUGUCAGUGGAGGUCUUUUUUUCCCAAGGGGGAACUUGGCUCUUCAGGAUUUUUGCCUUCAUUUCUUGAUUUACAUCCACAAAGACCGGAUUUGCUGAGAAAUGGCCACCAACACAUCCAUCGCUGAAAGAUUGUCAUCUGAAUCCCGUCUGAAGAUAAUGCUAUGGAAACCCACCACUGGGAAAGAGCUGACUGUCUGCUUGGAAGGCUUAAUUGAGUGUAUCAGUGAGAGAUGUUUUCUCUUUUGAUUUUUACCUCUUGUUUCCAAGGCUUGUGUGUGCGAUUAUCAAGAUCAAAUGAUAAAAUGUUGGGCUUGUAUGUGGGAGAAAAGUUUCUUGAAAGCAGAAAGUGAUUGUGCCUAGAAAAAGCGUUUGUAUAGUAAAUCCUUGAUUUAAUGGAUAGGGACCUGGGCAGGGGAAAGGGGUGUCUAUUGAGCUGAAUGAGAUUGUUCAAGGCCAAAAUGUACCUAUACAUGAAAUUACUUUAAUAAUCAUAAAGUCUUUGGUGUCGCCUUUACUUAUGAAGCCAUAGGUAAAAGCCAUAGAUGAAAGUACAAAUAUUUAUACCUUCCCUUACAAAACAUAGUCACCAACUCUUGUAAAAGAGUUUUGAGAUAGCCACUAACUGGCUAUGUAAUUAUUUAUUAACUAUUUUUAAAAAAUAAAUUAUGCACGUGCAGCAGCAGGAAGCAUCUCCUGACCUGACUUGAUCCAUUGUUUGGGAUGAAUUCUGAUAUGGCCUGAAAUGCAGACAAAAAUCCAAAUCCAACCUCUGUUUGUCCACUGCAUUCGAGAUCCAUUAAAACAGAGGAUUUACUAUACUUGCUUUCUUCCUAUUGUGCUCGUUUAUUGGUGGCAAUCUGGAGGUCUUCCAGAUGUUUUUAAACUUUAGGUUCCUUUGUGUCUCUCCCCGUUGGCUCUGCUGGCUAGGGCUAUGGAAUCGGAGUUAGGCAGCAAGAGGAGAGCCACUUUACCCGUCCUGAUGCCAAAGGAAGAUAAUGUGAUUUACAAAGGGAGAAAUCCUUCAGAUUUGCAAAGUGGAGUGGAAUCAUCAAGAAAAAAAAACUUUGCCAGCUGAUGGCUGCUGCCUUUACACAAACCGGCCCUUGUAUAUUUCUUUGUACUGUAAUAAGUUUGGAUCUUUGUGUUGUAAUCCAGGCGCCAAAAAAAGCUGCCAAACAGAGGAAAUGGACAGCUCUCUUUGCAUUUUCCUUUGGUGAAAAGGAAAGGCAUUUCCAACUUUGUAGUAGUAUGAAAAGAGCAUUUCAGAGCAGCCUGGGCCAAUCCACUGCUGGUUCUUGCAAGCUUUUUGGUAGCUCCCUAACUGCAUUUUUUUUUAAAUUAAAAAAGAAAUAUACAACAGGGUACUAUAAAAGCAGCUGAAAUCCUUGGUGUCCUUAUGUAAAAAGAACAUUUGUAGGGUGUUUGUUUGAUCUCCAAAUAUUUGUCCUAUCCAGAUGUUCAUGUUAAUUUAACCUUCUCUCUCUCUCUAGCAGAGCAACUGCAUUCCGUACUUGAUUUUUUAUCUGUCUAAUAUUAACUGUCUAAUAUGUGAAAACAAGCUGGGUCUUUGGAGAUGUGCACAGCCAACUAUUUUAUACAGAGGGGUAGGAAUCAGAGUUUUACUAAGAUCCUUACAUUUUUGUUAUUAUUAUUAUUUAAAUAGGUUUGAGAAAAUGGGAAGAAAAGGGAAUAAUUAUCAAAAUUUGAGAUUGUUUACUAUGUCUCCUUUACUGGAGAUCACUGUCGCCUACAGUAUAGGCAGAGACCU